AUGUCAAUAGAUCAAAAUUCUUUGAUAUUAUCAAGUUUUUCACGACGUCGCUUAUGUUUAUCAUUAACGAAUGAAAAUAUGAAUGAUUUCAGAGAUUUAUUAAAUCAUUUUCAACAACGUUUGAUUGAAAAACAAAAAUUAUUUGAUAUACAACGAGAAGAUGUACAUCAUUCAAUUAAUCGAACAUUUAAUAAAAUUUUUGAACAAUUCAUUGAGAUUCGACGAUUUUGUCGAAAUGAUAUUGAACAACAAACAUUAAAUGCUCAAAUUGAACUACAACAAAUGCUUGAUGCUGUGCAAUAUAUGCGAACAAAAAGUGAUAUGUAUCAUGGCAAUACAUCAGAUACAUUAAAUUUAUUUGCUACUGAAUUACAAAAAUGUACUGAUCGAUUAUCUAAACUUGUUCUUUCACCUGCACGUGAUCUUGAUAAUUUAUCAUCAUAUUUAACAGCAUCAUUAUCAUCUAUAGCGUCAGAUAAUCUACCAGAAACACCAUCAUCACCAUCUCAAUCUAUAUUUGAACAAGAUAUCAAUAAGAAUAUUGUUAUUCCAUCACCAAUAAUAACAGUGGAUUCAGAUAAAAAUAGUAGUAGUAAUAAUAGUACUGAUGUGGCAAAUGUUAAUGAUUUAAAUCAUUUUAAAUUUGGUCCAAGUAUAGUAUUAGCUUUUCCAUGUGAUAUGAUUGCAUCAAAUAAACGUAGUAUUCUUUCAUAUGUUAUCGAAAGAAAUUUUCUCAAUUAUUCAACAGUAUCUGGUGUUAGUUUAUCAAGUAUUAAAGUUUAUCGAUUAUUAGCACCAAUAACAGCAAAUAAUGCUCGUCUUUGGGAUUUAACGUGGUGUCCAUGGAGUAAAUUUUACCUUAUUGUAGGUAAUUUAGGUCUUUACUCUCUUUGUUAUCCAUAUGAUACAAAUCCAUCGACAAUUGAACAUGUACCACAAGUAAAUAAGUUAGUUAGUUUUCGUGGUCCAUUAUUUCAACAUGUACGUAUAUCAUCUCAUUCAACUGGUUGGUAUAUUUAUAUGGUUGAACAUCAAAAUGUUUCUAUUGAUUUAUAUGAUCGUCGAUCAGGUCAACUUUUACGUCAUUUUGAUAAUCAUAGUCAACAUGAUUUAAUUCCACUUGGUUUUCAUGGAUUUUGUUUAAAUGAAAAUUUAUUUGCUAUUGUGAAAAAAACUGAAGUUUUAUCAACAAUUAAUAAUCCACAUCAAACGAAAAAUGAACAAAAUGUUCAAGUCUAUUUUUUUGAUCUUGAAACAAUGUUAUGUAUACAACAAAUGUCAUUAUGUCAUUGUUCAAAUGUUUAUGAUAUAAAAUGUUGUUAUGAAAAAAAUAUUUUUAUGAUACUUGCUGAACCUAUGCAACUUAUUCUUGUUAAUUUAGAUACAAAUGAAUUAAUAAGAAAAAAAUUAUUAGAUGAAGGAAAACAUUUAUGUAUUAUUAAUGAUCAUGAAGUGUUUAUUUUACGUUCUGAAUGUUCAAUUCAAACACUUCAAUAUCGAAAUAUUAGAUAA